GGCGGGGCCUGCGGCACCGCCCGGGAAGCUGCGCGAGGCUCGGCAGCCGCUGCCACAUCCUUGUCCUCCUCCCGGUCCAGGCGAGAGGAGCCCGGCCAGGGCCAAGCGCAGGGCUCCGACGGCGCGGGCGAGCGGAACGCCGAGCCAUGGCGCACCAGACGGGCAUCCACGCCACCGAGGAACUAAAGGAAUUCUUUGCUAAGGCACGUGCUGGCUCUAUCCGGCUCAUCAAAGUCACCAUUGAGGACGAGCAGCUCGUGCUGGGCGCCUCGCAGGAGCCAGUGGGCCGCUGGGACCAGGAUUACGACAGGGCUGUGCUGCCACUGCUGGAUGCUCAGCAGCCCUGCUACCUGCUCUUCCGCCUUGACUCACAGAACGCUCAGGGCUUCGAGUGGCUCUUCCUCGCCUGGUCACCUGAUAAUUCCCCUGUGCGGCUGAAGAUGCUGUACGCGGCCACACGGGCCACAGUGAAGAAGGAGUUUGGGGGCGGCCACAUCAAGGAUGAGCUUUUCGGGACAGUAAAGGACGACCUCUCCUUUGCCGGAUACCAGAAGCACCUGUCAUCCUGUGCUGCACCUGCCCCACUGACCUCGGCCGAGAGAGAGCUUCAGCAGAUCCGUAUCAACGAGGUGAAGACAGAGAUCAGUGUCGAAAGCAAGCACCAGACCCUUCAGGGCCUCGCGUUCCCCCUGCAGCCUGAGGCUCAGCGGGCACUUCAGCAGCUCAAACAGAAGAUGGUUAACUACAUCCAGCUGAAGCUGGACCUGGAACGGGAGACCAUCGAGCUGGUGCACACAGAGCCCACGGAUGUGGCUCAGCUGCCCUCACGGGUGCCCCGAGAUGCUGCCCGCUACCACUUCUUCCUCUACAAGCACACCCAUGAGGGUGACCCCCUCGAGUCUGUGGUGUUCAUCUACUCCAUGCCGGGGUACAAGUGCAGUAUCAAGGAGCGCAUGCUCUACUCCAGCUGCAAGAGCCGCCUCCUCGACUCUGUAGAACAGGACUUCCAGCUAGAGAUCUCUAAGAAGAUUGAGGUUGGCGACGGGGCAGAGCUGACGGCCGAAUUCCUCUACGAUGAGGUGCACCCCAAGCAACACGCCUUCAAGCAGGCCUUUGCCAAGCCCAAGGGCCCAGGGGGCAAGCGGGGCCACAAGCGCCUCAUCCGGGGCCCAGGAGAGAAUGAGGAUGACAGCUAGGAGUCUGGGCUGGAGCCAGGCAGGAGGAGUGUGGACUGUGGAACUGCUGCCCAACUGCUCGUGCUCCUCCUUCCUUUCCAGCUUGGGCUCCGGGAAGUACUUCCUGUGAAGCUGGAGGGCUGGUGGCUGAACACACUUGCAGCUUCCAAGGGCCACUGGGCCAGCACUUUGUGACCUUUCCCUAUUGCUGUCCCUGCCUGUCAUGUGUGCCCAGGGUGUCUGGGGGCCCUGCCUGGCUGGCUCAAAGACCUGGCAUGAACCCGGCCUUCAGAGGAUCUGAGACUGGGGUCCCAGCACAGCCCAGAAGCCUUUGGCCACAGUGGGUGGGAUGGGGUGGGGCUGGGGCAGGUUAUUGAAGAAAAGGAUGGUUGAAUGCUGUAUUUUCUAAAGAAUAAAAUAUUUUUAAAUCAA